GUUGGGUUCAGCAGAUCCAUCGUCGUUAAAUUGUAUACCAACAAGGAAAUACCAGAGGCAUCUCCAUUUUCCAUUUGAUAUCAGCUAGCUGAAGCUUGCUAGCAGUGAAAGUAUUGCAUAAGACACAUGAUGGAUAUUUGCUGAAGAUAUUCACUUUCAUCAAUUCCAAUCCAACACUAGAAAAGUAUAAAAUGUGCUGUAGAGGUUGAGGAAUCAUCUGUCUUAUCGUGUAUAAACAGAAAUGAAAGGAGCAAAUAAUUUUAGAUUGAGGGGGAGGCAUCUUUCUAUUGCUCUGCUCACUCUGACUUUUACAACCAUAUUUCUUUGGGCCUGGGAGAAGAAUCCUUUUGUUACUACGCUACAGUCAGCACAAGAGCAGUUUAGCUUUCAUUCUUCAGAUUUUCUUGUUGAUUCCCCAAAAGGUUCCUCCUCCUCUUCAUUUUCUUUGAAACCAGAAGAACAUGAUGAAGGAAAACAUUCUCUUUCUAUGAGUUCAGAGGACAUUGAAAGGCAAAACAAAGACUCUGGUGCUUCAGCAUUAAAUUUUACUACCACAUUUGCGUCUGAAAAGGAAGAUAGUGAUGAGGAUGGUAUGUCCUCUUCCAAGAUGAAAGCCUGCAAUUAUGCCAAGGGUAUAUGGGUGACAGACAGCAGGCGGCCCUUGUAUUCUGGGUUUGGAUGUAAACAAUGGUUAUCAGAAAUGUGGGCAUGUAGACUCACCCAACGAACUGAUUUUUCCUAUGAAGGAUUUCGGUGGCAGCCUGAAAAUUGCAAAAUGACUGAGUUUGAGUCAUCUCAAUUCUUGAAAAGGAUGCAGGACAAAACAAUUGCAUUUAUCGGAGACUCAUUGGGCCGGCAACAAUUUCAAUCAAUGAUGUGCAUGACCACUGGUGGGGAAUGGAGGUUAGAUGUUGAAGAUGUGGGAGCAGAAUAUGGUCUUGUCAAGCCUCGUGGAGCCAUUCGUCCUGAUGGAUGGGCUUACCGAUUCUCAAACACCAAUACUACCAUUUUAUAUUACUGGUCAGCAAGCCUUGCAGACCUUGAGCCUUUGAACAUCACAGACCCAUCCGCUGAUGUGGCCAUGCAUUUAGACCGUGCACCAGCUUUCAUGAGACGAUUCCUCCAUAGGUUUGAUGUGUUAGUUCUCAAUACAGGACAUCACUGGAACAGAGGGAAGCUCAGAGCAAACCGUUGGGUGAUGUAUGUGAAUGGAAAGCCUGUCGAAGAUAGAAGACUUGCAGAAAUUGGGAACGCAAAGAAUUUUACAGUACAUAGUAUUGUCAGGUGGCUUGAUUCACAACUUCCUUCUCAUCCCCGACUUGUAGCUUUCUUUAGGACUAUCUCACCAAGGCAUUUCCGUAAUGGGGACUGGAACAGUGGGGGUUCCUGUGAUGUUACUACUCCAUUAACUCAAGGGAGCGAAGUCUCACAGGAUGAAUCAAGUGAUCGAGUUGUCGCGGCUGCUGUUAAGGGGACAAGGGUAAAGCUUUUAGAUAUCACUGCUGUGUCUGAGCUCAGAGAGGAGGGUCACAUUUCGCGAUAUAGUGUUAAGGCAACACAGGGUGGAAAUGAUUGCUUACAUUGGUGUCUACCGGGCAUUCCAGACACAUGGAAUGAACUGCUUGCUGCUCAGGUAUAGAAUAUGCGACACCAAUUGACAAGGCAUUUGUGAAAUAUAGAGAGCAAAAUGGAAUGCUUGUGAUUGAAGACUGCUUUUAGAUGCACAAUUUUUAUUUUUUAAAACUGGAUUAUCUUAUUGAUUGGAGAAUCCCAUUGAUCGAGUAAUGGUUCUGAAUUAAGGGGUUACCAGAAAAGCUGGAGACGCCCAAGGAAAUGCUUUCUACGGCAUGCUAAAAUUCAAAAGCUUGUAAGGGAUGUUCAUGUUAGCAUGUAACUCAACUUAGCUACUGAUUUAUGGACGUAUAUGAUAUACAAGUUUUCUAUUUGUGUUUCAA